AUGUUCCUCAUAGUCGAGCCAUGCUUCAUGGGGAAUGCCACAGGUGGUCCUAUUGCACGAGUCGCCCCCAACAUCCUCAUCACCUCAUCCCCAGAAAUAUGGACACACGUCAACAUCUCCCCCGGAUACAAACGCUCGCCAUGGUUCUACAACGCCUGUCGCAUCGAAUACCGUCGCGACAAUGUCUUUAGCGAAACCAACAACGAGAAACACGGCCAGCGAAGAAAGCAAAUGGCCCCUGGUUACUCAGGCCGCGAGAAUCUCGACCUCGAAGCCUCCAUCGACGAAUGUCUAACCCAAUUCAUAGACCUCCUCCGCAGCAAAUACAUCUCAACCACUCAGGCCAGCAAACCCAUGGACCUCGCCACCAAAGUCCAGUUCUUCACCCUCGACGUCAUCAGCAAAGUCGGCCUAGGCACCGCAUUCGGCAUGCUAGCCGCAGACGCCGACAUCGACGACUAUCUCAAGUCCAGCGCCGAAGGUCUCGCCGUGGGAAACACAGCACUAGCCAUGGGAUUCAGUUGGCUCGCCCACGCGCCUUUGCUAGGUAAAUUCAUCGCCCCUUCGCCCAGGGACAACAACGGCUUCGGCAAGAUGAUGGCCACCUGUUUCCGGUUCGUGGACCAGCGCGCCGCCAAUCCCACUGACAAGCGGUCCGACAUGCUCGCCUCCUUCAUCAGACACGGCCUCUCUGGCGACGAGUUGAGGACCGAGGCUCUCGAGCAGAUUAUCGCUGGCUCGGACACAACCGCGACAGCUAUCCGCGGCGCCAUGCUUCACAUCAUGACCAACCACCGCGUGUACACCAAUCUUCAGCGCGAGAUUGACGAGGCGGUGCGAAACGGGCAGGCUCCUUCACUAGGAGAUGGUGUUAUUUCCGCCACACAGGCAAGGCAGCUCCCGUACCUGCAAGCCGUCAUCAGGGAGUCGUUGCGCGUCCACCCACCUGUUACGAAUAUCUUUUCUAGGGAUAUACCCCCUGCGGGUGACUUGGUGACGCUCAAUGGAGGCGAUGGGCCGAAAGAGGUGUUUCUGCCCGGUGGCGCAUGCAUUGGCUACUCGGCGUACGCCAUGCAUCUCGACAAGCACGUCUACGGGGAUGAUGCGGACGCCUUCCGGCCGGAGCGUUGGUUUGAGCAUGACGCUGAUAAGUUGCGUGUUAUGACUGCCACAAAUGAGCUUAUUUUUGGCCAUGGCAAGUUUCAAUGCCUUGGAAAGCGAGUGGCGCAGGUUGAGCUCGGAAAGCUGAUAUUCGAGACCUUUCGCAACUUUGAUAUGGCAGUGGUGAAUCCAGCUAAGCCCUGGACAUUGCAAAACUCUCUCGGAUUGCUCAAUAUAUCCGACAUGUGGGUGCAAGUUACCGAAAGGGCGGGCCCUGAGAAUUAA